GAGGAGACAACAGACAAAUCAGCUCUCACACUAAACGAAUCACCCCCACAAUUCUUCACCCCCCCCUGUUUAUUGUGAAUGUACAUCCAGGAAUAAACUGUAUAACAUCAUAAUAGGGUCAUAAAGCCACAUUCACUGCAUUGUGGUAUGAGAGCUAUUACUGAUGGAUCCAAGAGAAGGAAUACUAGAUCAGCAAAGAUAUGUUUGGGUCCUAGGCUUGGAUCAGCCUGCUCAAGAUCAAGCAAGGACUGAGAAUUACGCACGACCUAGCUCUACUCAUUUCCAGUCGCACUACAAGACUUAGGUCAUAUGCCUCAUUUUCCUACACUCCCAACAAGUGUGCCCCCCUAAAGUGUUGUAAGUCCAAGACUAUGAGGCUUGAUUAGUCUAGAUAACCACAGCAAACUUCAAUAUGAUAAGUGUGGAAAACUCAAAGUCGCCUGGCCACCACAUUGGGCAGGAAUAGUGACACCAUCAGAAGUUGAAUCAAGAAAACGAGCAAUAAUAACAAGAAGCCGGUAGGGUAGCCUUGCUUCGUCAUUUUAUCUUACGGCAUAGUGAGUCAUAUCAGCCAUGAGGCGCUGGAUGAGGCGCGAGCAUUAAACUAUCAGUUAUCAAAUGUACUUUGUGUAAGUGCAUUGCCAACUCAGGUACGUUGUAUCAUCUAGUUGCAAGGUCAGUAAAGCUCAGCAAAUUCUCAUUCAACUUUACUUUCUAUCUUACAGCCUUGCAAUGAUGGAACAAAUUAUUUAUGAUCAUGCUCAGCGAACCCCCGGUGCAACCGCCAUUAUUGAUGGAGCAUCAACCCUCACGUACGGUGAACUGGUUGCUGAGUCUAAAACUUUAGCUCAGACACUGAUGGAAGAACUUGAGAUAGCCAUAGAGGAGCCAGUUGGAAUUCUACUCGAUCCAGGGAGGUUACAAGUCGUUGCUCAACUUGCUGUCCUUCUGGCUGGGGGCACCUGCGUACCGAUUGAGCCGUCCUUUCCAGAAGACCGCAUCACGUCCAUGUUACAAGAUGUCCAAGCUAAGCAUCUCAUUAUGGACAUUCCUGGAAGCCGGACGCUUCAUGGAUUCAAUCAUAUCUACAUCAGUCAUAUCAAAAAGUGCUCUAACUCUGUCGUUACCGAUUCAAAGGUUGGCCCUCAGGUCAACCGGAGCCACAUACUCUUUACAUCUGGAUCAACUGGGAAACCGAAGCCGGUACAGGUCCAAGCAAGUAGCAUCUUGCACCUUGCCACAAAGACUCCAGUGACACCACUUUCUCCAGAGGACCGAGUGGCAGAAUUCAAUAGUCCUGGCUUCGACCUCAGCUUAUUCGAGAUCUGGAUCACCCUGAUUGCUGGUGCAACCAUUGUGGUCACUCCCCGUCAUGCGGCCACCGACCCGAAUGCUCUCCCUGCGUUCCUUAGGGAGCAGAACGUAACUAUCAUCAUUAUCACUGCGGCACUAUUUGAGACUAUUGUUUUCACUUCCCCUGGGGCCUUUGAAUCGUUACAUCAUGUUCUCACAGCGGGCGACGUCGCCAAUACGCGGGCGAUGAAGAACGUACUAGAAACAGGCCCUCCUCGCCAUCUGUGGAAUACAUACGGACCUACCGAAUGCACGACACUGACAACUAUGUUUGAGGUGACACUUGAAGAAACCCACCGUGAACGGAUCAGCAUUGGACAGCCCGUGGGGGAUAUGGAAAUCAUCCUACUAGACGAAGAUAAGAAGCCUAUUGUUGACUGCGGAAGACGCGGGGAGAUUUGCAUUGGAGGCCCUCAACAAUCCACUGGGUAUUUGGCUCGGCCAUCGGAGACUGAAAACUCCUUCAUACAUUUACGUAAACAGGAUCUCGGGAUCCCGAGAGAUAAUGAUGAUGAUCUUAUACGUCUCUAUCGGACUGGAGACAUAGGUGCAUGGCAGUCUGAAUCCCGUUGCCUCGACUUUCUGGGCAGGUCAGAUACGCAGAUCAAGUUCCGCGGAUUUCGAGUAGAACUAGGAGAGAUUGAAUGCAUCCUUCAGUCUCACGAGGAAGUUCAGGCAGCGGUCGUUGCUCGACAGCCCCCAUUAACAACUGAUGCAAUGGAAGCAUUGGUGGCCUUCAUUAUUCCGAAGGACUCGGACUCUGUACAUCCAGAGGCCUUGAGGGACUGGGCUCGUAAACGACUUCCACAAUACAUGAUACCCAGUGCUAUGAGUUUCAUGGAGAAGUUUCCUUUGACAGCAAACGGAAAGGUGGACCGCAGGGCGCUGAUAGAUGGCCGGCUUAAGAUGCUCGAGGAACAGAAACCCCUUCAAAAUGGCACUGAAGAGAAACAAGGCAAGAAAGCAAUUCUUUCUGACCUGUGCAAAGAUAUUCUGAACAUAUCACAAAUUCACGAACAUGAUGAUCUAUUCGAUCUAGGAGCCACGUCACUCCAAGCCGCGACGCUUCUUGCGUUGAUCCAAGAUCAUCUAGGAUGCAUGGUUACGAUGGAAGACCUUUACAGUCAUUCUAAAUUAUCAAGUCUAUCACGGCUGAUCGAACUCAUGGAGUCUGGGGUCUCAUGCAAUGCACCUGAUAACACACGGCUGUGGUUAGAAGACGUAAGUCGAGUCGAUGAUAUUGAACUAAUUCCCCACUGGGAAUCCGAAGAUGAGGGAAGGGUGUUUAUCACAGGGGUGACCGGCUUCGUCGGGGCGCACUUUCUUCACCAUUUACUAUGCAGAUCAUCGGUCAAGCAGGUCGCUUGCCUGGCUCGCUCGAAGCAGAAUGUGAGUGCAGCCACCCGGAUUCGACGAGCCCUGGAACGCUACGACUUGUGGGCAGAUUGCGCGGAACACGAGCAAAAGCUUAUAGUUCUUGACGGUGAUCUGUUCGAGAGCACUCUAGCCUUAGGAACAGAGCGCUUCACAUGGCUAGCCAAUUGGGCAUCUAUAAUCUUCCAUAUCGGGGCUAAAGUGAAUUUCUGUGAAUCGUACCGCGAACACCACGGACCCAACGUAAUCGGCACCUAUAACGCGCUCCGCCUGGCCGCUGCAGGUCGUCGCAAAGCCUUCCAUUACUUUUCCUCUAUCGACGCUUGGGGACCAACCGGCUUCAUCCUGGGAACCAAGGAGCUCUACGAAGAUGAACCCUUGAUGCCACACAGCCAAGCCGUACGGUAUGACCUAGGGUACUCAGGCAGCCAAUGGACAGCUGAAUCGAUGGUACGUCGCAUGCGUGACCGAGGUUUACCCACCGUCAUCUACCGGCCGGGGUUCAUCAUCGGCGAGAGCGUCACUGGACAUAGCAAUCCAGACGACUUUAUGUCCCGGUUUAUAGUCGGUUGCAUCCAACUGGGCACAUUUCCUAGACUGGACCAACGGCUAGAAUAUGUGACACUCGACUAUGUGAUCUCCGCUGCGAUGCACAUCGCCUCGUCCAAUGAGAACCUAGGACGAUCUUACAGCCUUCUAUCCCCGGAUCAAUCAAAAUCAGUCACUGUUAUAGAUACCUGCCGCGUUAUCAACGAGGCAGGGUACCCAGUGAAGAUAGUCGACUACAAUGACUGGGUCGAGCAGGUCUUCGCAAAGCAACGACCGGAUGGACCCCUGGCGUCUCUGUUACCGAUGUUCCGGGAGCGUGUGCUCGGACGAUUGACCCGUUGGGAAGUUAGUCAGUAUACCCCGUAUUAUCGAUCAGAUAAUACGGUCGAGGCAUUGAAGGAUCGGCCUGAUAUCCAGUAUCAACCCUUGGAUGCUCCGUUGCUGAAGAAGUACAUCUCAUUCUGGAACCGGAAGGGAUUCUAUAAGGUGUGAAACCAGUUUAGGUAUGAAAUUCACUCAUCCUUCUCAUUGAUACACUACUGCAAAGGUUCGUCUACAUUUAUAUCAGAAUGGAGUACUAUCAAUUGUCAACGGAGCUUCCCUUUGUUAUUCACUCAUUCUUUCCAAAUUAUAUCACUCAACGAAAAGAAAAAGGAAACCCCGAAAAAGAAAAACGACAUCAGAUAAAAUUGCCAAGUCCAUGGAAGAAAGUCCAUGCAAACACAUCCCCAGAAUGUACCUUGCACAUUAAUCCAUGCUAUUUCUUCGUCUCUACUUUUAGAAUUCCCUGGUCAGGGAAAGUUAGUAUAAUAAAUGGCCCUCAUCCG